AUAGACUUUGCAGCCAGACUCUGUUCCGCCUGAAUAUAUUCAGUUUCGGGUUACUUGAGCUUGCUCUAGGCUACCUUUUUAGUGCUAAACUAGCAGAUCUUAAUUAAGUAAAUUAGUCUCUCUUCUUGAGAACACUGGCUCCCAGGGAAACACAGCAUAAGUUAGGUAAAGAAUUCAGAAAAGAACUCAAAGUUCACUUACUCUUUUUACUUCCCAGUGGUGCUUGGGUAUCUGAACAAAAUGCCAAGUAAUAUUUUGAAGAAAUCAGUGAAAAUAUUACAGACUAACCUGGACUGUAGAGAUGAAGAGGAGGAAGGAGGAUCUGGUACAAACUCUCACAGAAAAUGUAUAGCAGACAAGGAUCCUGGAAUCUUUGCCAAGAAUUGUCUUUCCAUCUUUGCAAUAAUUUCCACAAUUGUGAUUAUAAUUUUAACCACUCUUUUGGUUGUAGACAAAAACAAAAAGUCAGCUGCAGAGCACCACUUGUACACUGCCUGCCCAGAUACAUGGAUUGGACUUGGAACCAAAUGUUUUUACUUUUCUGAAGACACAAGGGAUUGGACAUUAAGCCAAGACUUCUGUGAUUCAUAUGAAGCUAAUCUUGUUCAGAUUGAAACCCUGGAAGAAUUGAAUUUCCUGAAAAGAUACAAAGGUUCCUUUGACCACUGGAUAGGCCUCAGCAGAGAAUCAUCAAAUCACACUUGGAAAUGGACAGAUAGCACCAAAUAUAAUUUCCUGUUUCCUGUCAGAGGAGCUGGAGAAUGUGCCUACCUGAAUGACCAUGGAGUCAGCAGUGGCAUGUCCUACAUAGAUAGGAGAUGGAUUUGUAGCAAGCCAAAUAGCAGGAUUUCUAGAUGUCAAAUUACUUCAGACUUCAAACAAAUGAAAACUGAACUUAAAUGCUCAGCGUACACAUGCUUCCUCAUGUCUGUUCAUAAUGGCAUUUGUGUAAGAAACUUGUCAAGUAAACUUAGCUCUCUGAUACCAGAAAAUACAAUGCACAGUACCAAGAAUAUAGAGAAAGGCUUUCUACAGACUGAACUUCUGGCACAGAGAGGUUAUGUGUCAUCAGAAAAGCAUUCUAUAAAAUUCAUCAUGAAUCUAAUUUUGGUUUUCCUAAUAAUUGAGAUAGUGAUAACAUUUUGUGUAUUGAUUCCCUUAUUAGUAAUUAAAUUUCAUCAAAAGCCAUCAGAAUGUACUGAAGACAUAUGUCCACACAGCUGGAUUGGUUUCCAAGGAAAGUGUUUUUAUUUUUCUGAUGAUGCCAAUAAUCGGACAUUUAGUCAGUCAUUUUGUGACUCACAAGAUGCAGGUCUUGUUCAGGUUUAAAACCUCGAGGAACUGAACUUCCUAUUAAGGUACAAAGGUCCAUUUGACCAUUGGAUUGGACUAAGCAGAGAACCAAACCAGCCCUGGAAAUGGAUGAAUGGCAUUGCAUGGACAGAAUGCUUUCCAAUCAGAGAAGGAGGAGAGUGUGCCUAUUUGAAUGGCAAAGGUGCAAGCAGUGCUGGACAUUAUAUAGAGAGGAGGUGGAUAUGUUCUAAACCAGAUGCCUAUGCCAGAUGAGGAUGCAAAACCCUAACUGAUGGGUUUGUUUUUUUCUCAUUUUUUCUUUCUCUUUCAUUCUAUGUCUUAUCAUUAAUAAUCUUUAUGGCAAACGCUAGAAGAAGAAUAAUCUUUAUUAUUAUUGUUGUUGUUAUUUCUUUUUAAUUGAGGGAAUUAAUGAUUUACAGUGUAUUCAUUUACACAUGGGUACAGUUUCAUUAUGCACCAGGUGCCCUAAGUUCUCUUCUGCCCCUUCCUUCUCUUCGUUUCCCAGAGAUAUUUGCUUUAAUGCAAUUCACCAUAUCUAGUCCACAUUUCUCUUAUUUCUUACUUGGUGUUAGGGAAUGAGCCCUGCAUAUCAAGCAUGAGUGAUACAACUAAGUAACCUCCCUGGCCCAACUUUCUAUACUGUGUUGGUAUUCUUCGUGUUGGUUUGGUCCCCUUCCCCCUACCUCUGAGAGAUUUGGUUUGGCCCCUGCUAGUUUCAUGGGGCCUGCUUGUCCCUGCCCCAGAACCCCUACUGACGUCCAGAGUCCCAGCAGCAGCAGCUGAGGGAGAAGGAUGGAGGAGCACAUGGUGUGGUGAUUAGGUGUUGGACUGUUUGCUCGCUCAUGAAUAAAGAUUAAACUGCAGCUUCUCAGCCCAGCCGUGUGUCUCUGGUCGUCUCUGUCUGCCGUCGCGAAGCUAGCCUGGCCUGCUGGAGCCCCAAAUUUUAACGACAAUACUGUAUAAGAAAAUAAUAGAAGUAUAAAUGUCAUCUAAAAGUAUAUAAAUAUUAAAAAGAAAAGAGAGCAAGAGAUGUUGAGGAGACAGAGAAAUGAGAGACAUCACAGCAUCAUGAAGCUCAUUCUGGUGUGACCCAUGGUGCCCCAAAUCUCAUCUGCUAUAUUCUUGCCUUUAGGUUCCUGAUUAUUAAACAAUUUGUCCUACUUUAUGUCUUAAUGCUUUUUCAGCCACCAAGUUGCAGAUGCUACCUACCAUGAUGCCAAGCUGAUAUCCCAGGGCAAACAACCUCACCAAUUUGUCCUGGAACCCCACCUUUCCAGAGCCCUGCCCAACUAGGGAAAGAUAGACAUGUGUGACAAUAUAAAUCAACUUGUCAACACCCAUAUCUAGCAGAGAAGUAAUUACAUAAACCAGAACUUCCACCUUCUGCACCCCACGAUGAUCCUGGGUUCAUACUCCCAGAGGCAUAAAGAAUAGGAAAGCUUCCAAUGGAGGGAAUGUUAUACGGAACUCUGGUGGUGGGAAUUGUGUGGAAUUGUACUGUUAUCCUAUGGUCUUGCUGAUAUUUUAUUUUAUAAAUAAAUAAAAAGCAAUAUUGAAAAACA